AUGCUCGCCACCGCCUUCGUCCUCCUGCUAUCCCUGCCACUCUCGUUCGCGCAGUACACGGGUGCGAUCCCCGCGUCGUGCGUGGACACAUGCACAACGUACACCAACAUCCUGGGGCAGUGCGACACGGCGAAACCAACGGCAGACUGCACGCGAAUCUGCGUGCAAAGCAACUAUGACCUCCUGGCCAUGUGCAUCGUGUGCCUCUACGAGGCCGACAACACCGCCCCGGGCAUCAUCAACGCCGCGGUCACGCAGUACGCUGCUGGGUGUGCCGCCGUCGGGUGGCCCGUGCACCAGCGGCCCAACGUCACCGGCACCGGCUUGGGCGCUGGGAACCCGUACGCUUUACUGAGCCUGCUUGCCUUCGGGCUGAUGGUGAUGGCGGCGGUUUGA